AUGCUAGGAGGUCUGCGUCUUCUCGCUGCGGCGACCAGGCGCACGGCUGGCGUCGUCGUGGUGUCUCCAGCAUUACGCAUGCCUUCUCGUGCUCUCAGUGUUCGCACAGAGGAUUUCUUCAGCAAGGAGGCUGUCAGUCACGCCCGCCGCGUCUCGUGGGCGCCGCACACGACGGAAAAGAGGGUUGGCGCAUUUGCCAAGCUGUCGCGCUCCAACUUCAACGAUCCGCUGCCCGUCAGCUUUCAAAGUGAGCCGUACUUUGAGGAGGAGAUUGAAGCGUACCGUGCGCACCAUCGACCCGAUGUGUACGUGUACAAGUACAACGUCUCUCCCACCCAUCUGUCUCUUCGCGAGUAG